GAACCUGCUUGAAAUGCAGCCGAGGAGCCGGAGCGGGCGGCAGCGGCGGCGGCGGCGGCGGGGGCAGCGGCAGCCCCGGCGCCGCGGCAAGGACUCGGAAGGCUGAGGCGCGGCGGCAGCAGCGGCGCGGGGUGCGCGGGGCGCGGUGGCCGGAGCCCCCGGCCCGCCAUGGGCCGCCCGGAGCGGGGCGCGCUCCGGCCGCGGGCGCUGCUGCUGCUGCUGCUGUUGCUGCAGCUCCAGCAUCUCGAGGCGGCAGCGGAUUCGCUGCGCGGCAGCCAAGGGCCAGUCAAGGAGUGCGAAGAGCACCAGUUCCAGUGUCGGAAUGGGCGCUGCAUCCCCUCCGUGUGGAGAUGCGACGAGGACGACGACUGCUCGGACAACAGCGACGAGGACGACUGCCCCAAGAAGACCUGUGCGGACAGCGACUUCACCUGCGACAACGGCCACUGCAUCCCCGAGCGGUGGAAGUGUGACGGCGAGGAGGAGUGUCCGGAUGGCUCCGACGAGUCCAAGGCCGCCUGCACCAAGCAGGAGUGCCCCGCCGAGAAGCUGAGCUGUGGCCCCACCAGCCACAAGUGUGUGCCCGCCUCAUGGCGCUGCGAUGGGGAGAAGGACUGCGAGAGCGGAGCGGACGAGGCCGGCUGUGCGCCCUUGUGCGCUCCGCACGAGUUCCGAUGCGGCAACCGCUCGUGCCUGGCCGCCGUGUUCGUGUGCGACGGCGACGACGACUGCGGGGACGGCAGCGACGAGCGCGGUUGUGCCGACCCGGCCUGCGGGCCCUUGGAGUUCCGCUGCGGCGGCGGCGGCGGCACCUGCAUCCCAGAGCGCUGGGUCUGCGACCGGCAAUUGGACUGCGAGGACGGCUCGGACGAGGCUGCCGACCUGUGUGGCCACGCGGGCCCGGGGGCCACGGCCGCGCCCAGUGCCUGCGCCCCCGCCGUCCAGUUCGCCUGCCGCAGCGGCGAAUGCGUGCACCUGGGCUGGCGCUGCGACGGCGACCACGACUGCAAGGACAAGUCGGACGAGGCCGACUGCCCAGCGCCGGGCACCUGCCGUGGGGAUGAGUUCCGGUGUGGAGACGGCACCUGCGUCCUUGCCACCAAGCGCUGUGACCAGGAACAGGACUGUCGGGACGGGAGUGAUGAGGCCGGCUGCCUGCAGGAGUCAACUUGCGAGGGUCCCCGCAGCUUUCAGUGUACGAGUGGCGAGUGCGUGGACAGCGGGAAAGUGUGUGAUGCUCAGAGGGACUGCCGGGACUGGUCGGAUGAGCUUCUGAAAGAGUGUGUUGCACCAACAUUCCGGGGAAACAGAAGGAGGCCCAGGGGGCUGAAUGAGUGCCAGCACAACAACGGCGGCUGUUCCCACAUCUGCACCGACCGCAGGAUUGGCUUUGAGUGCUCGUGCCCCGCCGGGUUCCGGCUCCUGGACCAGAAGACUUGCGGCGACAUUGACGAGUGUGAGGACCCAGAUGCCUGCAGCCAGAUCUGCGUCAAUUACAAGGGCUACUUCAAGUGCGAGUGCCACCCCGGCUAUGAGAUGGACACACUGAGCAAGAACUGCAAGGCUGCUGCCGGCAAGAGCCCGUCCCUGAUUUUCACCAACCGGCACGAGGUGCGCAAGAUAGACCUGGUGAGGCGGGAGCACUCGCGCCUCAUCCCCAUGCUCAAGAACGUCGUGGCGCUCGAUGUGGAAGUUGCUACCAAUCGCAUCUAUUGGUGUGACCUGUCCUACCGCAAGAUCUACAGUGCCUACAUGGACAAGGCCAGCGACCCGGCAGAGCAGGAGGUCCUCAUCGACGAGCAGCUGCACUCUCCAGAGGGCCUGGCGGUGGACUGGGUCCACAAGCACAUGUACUGGACCGACUCGGGCAAUAAGACCAUCUCGGUGGCCACAGUUGAUGGUGGCCGCCGUUGCACUCUGUUCAGCCGUGACCUUAGUGAGCCCCGGGCCAUCGCUGUUGACCCCCUGCGAGGGUUCAUGUAUUGGUCUGACUGGGGGUUCCAGGCCAAGAUCGAGAAGUCCGGGCUCAAUGGUGCGGACCGACAGACACUGGUGUCAGACAAUAUAGAAUGGCCCAACGGAAUCACCCUGGAUUUGCUGAACCAGCGCCUAUACUGGGUGGACUCCAAGCUGCACCAGUUGUCCAGCAUUGACUUCAGCGGCGGCAACAGGAAGAUGCUGAUUUCCUCCCCCGACUUCCUGAGCCACCCUUUUGGAAUAGCUGUGUUUGAGGACAAGGUGUUCUGGACAGACUUAGAGAAUGAGGCCAUUCUCAGUGCAAAUCGUCUCAAUGGCCUGGAAAUCUCCUUCCUGGCUGAGAACCUCAAUAACCCACACGACAUUGUCAUCUUCCAUGAACUGAAGCAGCCAAGAGCUGCAGAUGCCUGUGAGCUGAGCGCCCAGCCCAACGGAGGCUGUGAGUACCUGUGCCUUCCUGCUCCCCAGCUCUCCAGCCACUCUCCCCAGUACACCUGUGCCUGUCCUGACACCAUGUGGUUGGGCCCAGACAUGAAGAGGUGCUACCGAGCACCUCCAUCUACCUCCACUACGACAUUAGCCUCCACCACGACAAGCACAGCCGCCGCCACCACAAGAGCCCCUGGGACCACUGUCCACAGCCCCACCUACCAGAACCACAGCACAGAGACACCAAGCCUGGCAGCUGCGGUCCCAAGCUCUGUUAGUGUUCCUGGCGCUCCCGGCAUCAGCCCGUCAACCCCCAGCCCUGCAACCAGCAACCACUCCCAGCACUAUGGGAAUGAAGGUGGCAAGAUGGGCUCACCAGUCACUGCUGCUGUCAUUGGGAUCAUCGUGCCCAUAGUGGUCGUGGCCCUGCUGUGCAUAAGUGGCUACCUGAUCUGGAGAAACUGGAAGCGGAAGAACACCAAGAGCAUGAACUUUGACAACCCGGUGUACAGGAAAACAACGGAAGAAGAAGACGAUGAUGAACUCCACAUAGGGAGGACUGCUCAGAUCGGCCAUGUCUAUCCUGCAGCAAUCAGCAGCUUUGAUCGCCCACUGUGGGCAGAGCCCUGUCUUGGGGAGACCAGAGAACUGGAAGAAUCAGCCCCUGCCCUCAAGGAGCUUUUUGUCUUGCCUGGGGAACCAAGGUCACAGCUGCACCAACUCCCGAAGAACCCUCUUUCCGAGCUGCCUGUCGUCAAGUGCAAGCGAGUGGCAUUAAGCAUUGAAGAUGAUGGACUGCCUUGAGGAUGGGACCACCCCUUCGUGCCUCAUGGAAUUCAGUCCCAUGCACUAGACUCUGUGGAUGGUGUAGGACAGGGUGGAUGAGUUUCUGUAUAUGGGUCUGUGUGCGUGUGUGUGUGGGUGUGUGUCUUUUUUUUUUUUUUUUUUUUAAUUUAUGUUGCGGAAAGGUAACCACAAAGUUAUGAUGAACUGCAAACAUCCAAAGGAUGUGAGAGUUUUUAUAUGUAUAAUGUUUUAUACACUUUUUAACUGGUUGCACUACCCAUGAGGAAUUCAUGGGCUGGCUACUGUUAAGUGACUAACAUGAUGUACAUAACCAAACAGGCGCCCAGGGGACAGAACCUUACUCAUCAGCUAAAAACUAUAUUUACAGAGGAUGUUUGAUUUUAGGGGCUUUUUUAGGUUUAGGGGUUUGGAGGGUUUUUUUGUAAAUAAGAUGAUUAUGCUUUGUGGCUAUUCAUCAACAUAAGUAAAAAAAAAAAAAGAAAAAUACUUCAAUUCCCUCCCCCCUUUAGAUUAUUUAUUAACAUAUUUAAAAAAUAAGAUUAGUUCUAUAAAUAAUUUAGAGAAGUGAGAGUAUUUAUUUUUGGUAUGACUGGCCCACCACACAGACUUGGUGUGUGUCCUUGUAUGUGUGCAACAGUGUGAGAGAGACAGAUCUGUAGAGAAAAGGCACACCAGUAUCUAUUGUUCAAAUAUAGAAAGAGCAAAUUAUUUUAAAAGAGUCCACAAGAGUGAUUUUCAGAAAAGCCUUUGGAAAUUUAGCUCAGAAAAUAGAUACCAUGGUUUGUGCAAACACAUGUGAAAGAGGCAAAUCUUUUUACCCCUGGCUGUUCCUGAGACCCUCCUAAGUCAGGAAAGCCUUUCCUCUCCCUCGAGGCUGCUGUGGCUCCUGCCUGGGCUUUCUUGUCAGUGGUUAAGGUCAGUGCACAGACAUCCCACAGUGCCAGAAGCUUUCGGGAGCUCCAGGAGGAACAUGCCGAAACCUCAGCUACUCCUUGUUCUCAAGUUCAGCUCUUUGAGUGACAUCAGUUUCCUUCAGGACACUUGGGUUGAACUUGAAGUGUAUCAUCCAUAUACAUAAGUGGAGAUGUUUCCAGAACAACCCAAGUUUACUGUAAGGACUGGCUCAGGCACUGGACCUUUGAGACAUGCUGUGAAUGAGGAUAAGAAUUUUGGAAUAGGUUUUAUUACUCACCAUUUCUCCAUUUCCUUCAAGUGAGGAAAAUGUUUUAAAGUAAUAAACAGGUGUCUUAUCUUUACAUAUUCAUAAAGAUGAAACUAAUUUUUGGCUUUAGUCAGAAAAGAUGGCCAAACUUAAAGUCGUAUUUGAGGGAAGAAAUGGCAUACACAGUAUUAUAUUGGAUGUAUGUAUUCACACAGGGAUUUGGUUUACUGCUUUGUAAAUAGAAGGAAAAAUCUGGGUAUAUGUAUAAAUUUUUUCCAUGAUGGACAUCUUUGCUUUUCCUGGGGCUUGGGGGAAGUGGGAAGAAGUGCUGUUUUCUAUUUGUGGGAUCUACCAUUGGAUACAUAAUCCUACAGUCCCAGGAGGAAUGUAAUCCCCUCUGGCUUUCUCAUCGGAUGUGUGGUCUUUUCUUGACUCUGCUGUUCUGCCACUUUGCUCCCACCAGACAACCAGGGACCAAGUGCAACAUGAGAGUGUUUCACUCCACUAGGAGUGGAGGACAUGUAUUUUUAAACAUAACAUACCUGGAACUUGACACACUCAAGCAAUUGCCUCCACCCCCAUCCUCAGUGAAGCUUGGCUGUCUCACCAGUGUGAUGCCCUUUGAAUUUUCAGGCAGACAUUCCGAAGUUCUACCAUCUUAUUCCUAGGACUUCCUCCACAUCAUUCUAGGUGUCUUAUUCUUUAAGAAAACCGCUGAGCUCUGGAGCUUGGGCAGUGUUUAGUACAAGGCAGCAGUUUCUUCCUGAUAAUGCCUACGUUGAUAUUCCAGAAACACUGACUGAGAGGGUCAAUGCAGUUGAGCCAGAAUGACUAAGAGCAAACAGAAUGUUGAGAACAGGGGGCCAACUCCUAUGGAGCUAAAUCGCUACUAUUCUUUCAAGAAUGGAAAGUAAAAUUAUUUUUCACUGGAGAAAAAUGAAGAAAAUGAAAAACAUUGACAUUAUACAAAACAAGAGCCUUUUUGUAUAACCUGCCUCCAAAGAAAUUGAAUUUUCCAGGGAAUUAAGCGAUAACAGUGGCUGAUGCAUAGCUUCUAAACUCCUGGCCUUCACAGAAAAAAAAAAUAUUGAAUGGGAGCUGGGCAUAGCACCUGAGGUCUACAAAUGAUGCUGAAAUUCCCAGCUUCCUCAGAGACAUCCAUGUUUCCUGAAUAUGCUACAGCAGCAGUUUGAAAGAGGCAGCUAUGGCGUGGCCUUCAAGAAUCAAAUGGUGAGAUACUCACCUGAGAACUGAUCCAUCUCCCCUCACACUGGGGGGUUUCGGAGCCUCCCUCUGAGGUGAUUACGUUUUGUUGCCUGUGCCUCCUGUGCAUCUACAGUCACUUAUAGAUCAGAGAGACAUUAAACUGGAACUAAAAAAGAGCUUAGAGGCAAUAAGGCAAAGAGAAAAUAUACCCAGCAAUAUUUCAAAGAAAGGUCCCAGUCUCUUUCUUCCUGCAGGAGACUAGUUUGGGCUGCCUGAAGGUUGUAUCAGACUAUUGUCUUUCCUAUGGCCCAUCUUUCCAGCGAAGUUAUAAAAGCACUGGCAGGAAUGGCCUUGUGAAAACUGAGAAAAUGAAAACUUUAUUUAUUCACUCUUGAUAGCAUGAUUAUUUAUAAAACAGAUUGAAGUAACAUGAAACCUCAACUGGAAAAAAGAGAAUGAAAUCAGAACUAAAUUAUGGCAAUAAGUACUCUUGAUCCCACCAGUUCUCUACACGACUGUAGUGUAUUUGUUCCCUAGAGGGGUCUCUAGGUGCCAAUGGUGUGCCGGGCACUGCAGAUGUAAAGUCAAUCUGCUGUUUCCUGUCUUGACGGAGUAGUAGAGGAAGACGUGGGAAUAAGGAAUAGAUUCUACUCAGAGCACAGUGAGGCCACAAAGCCCACUCUACCUGAGGAGAUGAGGAACGAGGUCAUCACAGGAGAAGUGACCCUACACGAAGUCUUAAACACUGAGAAUAGUCCAGGCUACUUCAGGCCAAGGAACAGGCAUAAAACAGCACUGGGACUUUAAGGAACUGCACAUACUUCAUCUUCACUGGAACAAAGGCUCCAAAAGGGACUUAGCAAGACGUGAGGCUAGAUGGAAAGACAGGUUCAAUGUAAGCACUUUAUAAAAUACUUCUAUUUAAAUUACAGCUCAAUGAAGCAAACUUUUCUUGGCUGUUUACUGUGUACAAGAAACUAAGUGCAUCAUGGAAAUUUUCCCAGGAUGCACCCCCAGCACUUUGCAGAUGCGACAUGAGUCAGCCUCAAGCUUUCCAGUGGCCAAAGGGAACUGUUGACUGCUCUUCAGAUAUCUGAAUUGAAGAUUUUUGACACGGUCAGUGAAAACGAAGAUAAAGGCAAUGAGGUUUUCAGAGAAAUAUGCCAUGGAGUCAACACCCUCAUAGGGUUUCUCAGCUGUGAGAAAGGAAACUGGAAAUGGUGAGGACAUGGAGCCUGGAGAGGAGAGCCCCAUCACUGUCCUGUCAAAUGCUGCUGGGACGGGGGAGAGGGUGCAGGAACAGGAGCCUCCCCCACCCCACCCCCCGCACUCCAGCCACACCCUCGUCAUUUCACAGAAUAGAAAUGAGGUAGCACUUAAAGGUUUCAGAGUAAGUCAUUUCCUUUCCCAUAAAUGCAUGAAGGUAGAGUAUCAAAGUCUUCUAAUGCUGUAUUUUUAGGAUAUUGGGGAUUUUUCAGGAUAUGGAGAAUCAAGAAGGUGCGGGGAUCACAGCUUCAAAUUUUUAGUUAGUAUAAAAAAAUCAGGAAGCUCUGCGCAUUCAGGCUGUGCACUAUGUGCACAGUCAAGAAUCAGCAGACACCCUCUGCAUUCGCAAACAUUUUGUGCUGUAAAAAGUAAUUUUAACAAAGUCACCUGUAUACAUACAUAUAUAUAUAUAUAUAUUUAAAGACAAGGUUUUGAUACUUUUUUUACAAAAACUACAAGAGACACAAAUACCUGUACAAACCAUGUACUUUUAAAAAGACUUGUUCCACACAGCUGUUGUUAAUUUGAGGGGUACAGUACUGCUUUGUAAAUUCCAUUACACAUUGUAUCCAAAGGGGUUUUCCCUGUUUGUCGCCUCCCAGCCCCCAAAUUACCAUGUGUGAUAUAACAGUCAGGCAUGUUAGGAUGUUGGGUCACACUAACCGUUUCAGCUUUUUGUCUCAUCAUUCCCAAUUCCGUUAGCUUCUGUACUCGGUGCCCUUUGCAGUCUGGCUUCUCUUCCAGAAACAAAGGGUCUGGCAGUGGGGAUACUGCAUCCCACUGGCUGUUCUGAUGUCAUCUUGGUAGACUGAAAACCAAAUGUGGACAUUUGUAAAAUCAGUGUACUGUUUCUAGAGAGAGAGAUUAAAUUCAUUUUUUUUAAAUUGCAA